AUGAGAGAAGUUCCUGAUAAGUCAUGGAUUGAUAUUCCUAUAUUUCAAAGAAGAGCGAAAGGUGAUACUCGAUAUCAAGACGGAUGGGAAGCAUUCCUUGAGUAUGCAUAUGCUAAUCCGAGGAAGGUAGAUAAUGAUUUGUUGUGUUGUCCAUGUAGUAAGUGCAGGAAUAGGGGUCUGGUGGAUAGAGUUGCUAUACGAAGACACUUAGAAAGAUGGGGAUUUGAUGAAAAUUAUAAAUAUUGGAGUUUUCACGGAGAACGUGAAGAUAUUGAACUAGAUGAUACUAAUAUAGAAGAUACGCAAGCAAUGUUAAACGAUAUUCCAGUAGUUGCAGAAGUUAAUGAAGUUCAAGAAGUACCGGAGGCUGUUGAAGUUCCUGGAGAUGCAGAUGAUGUCCAAAAUACCGAAGAUGUGCGUGACACCCGGGCCUACAAAGACUUAAUGAAGUUAUUGGAAGAUGACGAUAAGGAUCUGUAUGAUGGUUGCACUGAGCAUAGUAGAUUGUCAUUUAUUCUUCAACUGAUGCGUACUAAGACCCUGAGCGGAAUGGCAGAUAAAUAUUUUCAGAUGCUUCUUAAUUUACUACGCAAGGUAAUUCCAGACGGAGAGAAUAGCAUUCCAGAAAAGUGUUAUGAUGCAAAUAAGAUUAUUGAUGCUUUGGGUUUAGAUUACAAUAAGAUCGAUGCUUGUCCUAAUGAUUGUGUCCUUUAUUAUAAGGAUAACGAGAAACUUGAGGAAUGUCCAAAGUGUGGAGUGUCUCGAUGGAGAAAGAAUACACGCACUUCAACCAGAAAGUCGAACGAGUCAGUGAAUCAACAGAAAAAAAUUCCAGCGAAGGUGCUCCGACAUUUUCCCUUAGUGCCUCGGUUGCAACGGCUGUAUAUGACAAAAAAAGAUAGCUAA